AAUGCUGUUUAGUAGGUAGAUGUAGGUGAUUUGGUAAAUUGAAGGUUGUAUUAUUUAAUAAUGCUUAUCUACCUGGUUUAACUAAGAAGUGUUUGUAAAGUAGGUGUUUUUUGUUUUAGUUUUUUUGCCAAAGCAAUAGCAACCAUCAACAUAGUGUCCUACCCCAUUUCAGUGCAAUCUGCAUUGAAUGAUGCAACCAGUGAUACUGCAUUUACACAAUGUGUUAGCAUGGAUUCCUGGUUAGUCUUACAUGUCUAAGAUGGCUUGUUCUAGAAGCAUCUCGCAUUCCACAUUUUGACGAUCAGUAAGCAGUUUAAAAAUACAUUCAGAUUGAGAAAUCUGCUCAGGCCUAUUGUGUAAUUCUGUAAUCAGUAGUUGUGUGUGUAUUGAAACACCACAUAUCUGUCAUGUUCUCUUCCCCUCUUGCUCUCCUGCUGCUUAUCACACCUAACCCUGCUGACUCGAUGCUGAACCAUGGCUUUCAGAUAACCCUUUCAGGAGCGCUCCCAAGUAAACGUAAAGCGUUGAAGUUAAACUUCGCCAACCCUCCAAUCAAGUCCACAACCAGAUUCACCCUGAAUACAGCCGGACCCCCCUUCCAGAACCCUCACAUAGAGCGUCUGCGGACCCAUAGCAUUGAGUCGUCAGGAAAGCUGAAGAUCUCCGCGGAGCAGCACUGCGACUUUACGGCCGAGGACCUGAAGGACCUGGGGGAGAUCGGCCGCGGGGCCUAUGGCUCCGUCAACAAGAUGGUCCACAAGCCCAGCAACCAGAUCAUGGCUGUCAAGAGGAUCCGCUCCACGGUGGAUGAGAAGGAGCAGAAGCAGCUGCUGAUGGACCUGGACGUGGUGAUGAGGAGCAGCGACUGUCCCUACAUCGUUCAGUUCUACGGAGCUCUCUUCAGGGAGGGCGACUGCUGGAUCUGUAUGGAACUAAUGUCUACCUCCUUCGAUAAAUUCUACAAAUAUGUAUAUUGUGAAUUAGACGACGUGAUUCCAGAGGAAAUAUUAGGCAAAAUAACAUCAGCUACUGUGAAAGCACUAAACCACUUAAAAGAGAACUUGAAAAUCAUCCACAGAGACAUCAAGCCCUCUAACAUCCUCCUGGACAGGAAGGGGAACAUCAAGCUGUGUGACUUUGGAAUCAGUGGACAGCUGGUGGAUUCCAUCGCUAAGACCAGAGACGCUGGCUGUAGGCCCUACAUGGCUCCUGAGAGGAUAGACCCCAGCGCCUCACGACAAGGCUACGAUGUCCGAUCUGAUGUCUGGAGUCUGGGAAUCACACUGUAUGAGCUGGCCACAGGCCGGUUCCCCUAUCCCAAGUGGAACAGUGUGUUUGACCAGCUGACCCAGGUGGUGAAGGGAGAACCUCCCCAGCUCUGCAGCUCUGAUGAUAGGCAGUUCUCCCUCAAGUUCAUCAGCUUUGUCAACCUGUGCCUUACCAAGGACGAGUCCAAGAGGCCGAAAUACAAAGAGCUGCUGAAACAUUCGUUCAUCUUGAUGUUCGAGGAGCGGCCUGUGGAUGUGGCUGGCUACGUGUGCAGGAUCCUGGAUCAGAUGCCCACCUCGCCCAGCUCGCCCAUGUACGUGGACUGAAUUGCCACGACGACAAACGUCAAAACAAACUGGUGUAAAGAUUAGCUUCUUCCCAUUACGGCAGUGUUAAGGAGAGGAAACACCUACGACUCCAUGUGCAAUGAGACUGAUGUUCAUCUCAGUCAUGUCUGUGUUCAAUCUAUAUUCUCAAACACACACACACACACACACACGCACACUCAUGUAAGUUUAAAAGUAACUGAAUGGAUAUUCCAGGGUAUCAGAUCAUGCUAUGGAAGGCCUCAUCUCUACAAUAUGAAAACGGUUACAGUGAUUUCAAAUCUGGAAUGAUGUAUUUAUAGAGUAAAUCACAUAUGGAUUAUAUGAUUGAAAAGACUGUUAUGAUCGACAUACUGGAUUCAUUCUCUUUGUGAAUUUGUCCCCACACCUCCAUGUAUGUGACUUUAUGCAUUGUGUUUUUUGUUUUAUUUUGUUUUGGUAUCUGUCAAUGAAACCUCGCUUCUUAGGGUGUAAAGCAAUUUAAAAGGUAAAAUCAUUGAUGGGUGGGGUCAUGUCUGAUCAGGACGCCAUCUUGUGUUGUAAGGCGGCUGCGCUAACUGUGCAGUGCCGUAUGUGCUGAUAUAUAUAAACAAAUAUAUAUAAAUAUAUAAAUAUGAAGAAUAAACGGAGAAGGUAAGCUGCUG